CUACACUUGUGCAGAUGAGGUCGGAAUAGAUUAACAAGCCGAGACGACUAUUAACUCAAGUCUGAAUGUUGUACUCAUCGUCCAGUAUGAUGGAUCCAGUUAAUUUUUCCGUUAUGUUUAUCGCCAUCUUGCAAAUCGGAGCAAGUUUUGCCAACUCUGAAGCUAUGUCCGUGACACGCCAACCAUGGGGAUCAGUUCAAGGCGAGAAAGUGGAGAUAUUUACAUUGAAAAACGGACACGGCUUUGAAGUUGACGUUAUUUCUUAUGGGGCAACUAUACAGUCCAUUAGAACGCCUGACAAACAUGGAAAUAUUGAUGAUGUCGUUCUUGGCUUCGAUAACAUUGAAGGCUACCUCGGAAGCGACAACCCUUACUUUGGAGCAACUGUUGGACGAGUUGCUAAUCGGAUUGGAAAAGCCAGAUUCAAUGUUGACGGAGUGACAUAUAAAGUGGCUGAAAACGUUCCUGGAGGCAGUCUUCACGGAGGUUUGAAAGCCUGGGACAAGAAGAUUUGGAACGCUACAAUCAGGGAUAAUGCAGUUUGGAUGACGCUCUUGAGUUCUGAUGGAGAGGAGGGUUACCCAGGUGCAGUAAUUGCCACUGUGAAGUUCAGCGUUACUAGCGAUGGAAGAUUGGUCAUAAAGAUGACGGCAGUUUCCACGAAAGCCACUCCCAUCAAUUUAACUAAUCAUAGUUACUUCAACUUGUUUGGAAAUAGCGGCAAUGCUACACAACUGUACAAACAUGAGAUAACAAUAAAUGCAGAUCGAUGGACUGUGACGGAUGAAGGAAGCAUACCAACUGGUGAAAUUAGAUCAGUUGCUAACAGUAUAAUGGAUCUUAGAGUUUCUAAACAACUUGGAGAUGUUCUUCCGAAAGUACCUGGCGGAGGAUACGAUUACAACUUCUGUGUGCCGAAUGACGAUGGUCCUAAGGGAGAUAGAUUUGUUGCCAGAGUAGUACAUCCGAAUUCUGGAAGAUAUUUGGAGGUGUACUCCGACCAGCCAGGCGUUCAGCUCUAUACAAGCGACGGUUUCCCAGAUGAAAAGACUGAAGGAAUCGUCGGGAAAAACGGACAGCAGUAUUUUAAGCACGGAGCAUUUUGCCUAGAGACUCAGAAUUACCCAGAUGCUGUAAAUCAUGAAAAUUUCCCAGAUAGUAUCCUGCGACCUGGAGAAACCUAUCAACACAGCGUCACAUACAAAUUUGGAUUUGAAAAGCAGUAAAAUCAAGAACCAAGUAUAACGUGAUAUGCAAUGAUUAUUACAAUACGAUUAAAAUAAGAAAAGAUUCGUGCAGAAUUUCCAUCAACAUAGAUUAAGUAGAUUUAUUGAGUUUUGAAACCUGCAUUAGUGUGUUUCAGCUCUAUUCUGUAACCAAGUUACUACUAUUGUGUCAAGGGAUGCAUACUAUCAAACAACUGU